AAGGGUCAUUGGUCCACAAAAUAUAAAAAAUUUAGCUCUUAUAAAGACAAUGAAGAUUCAAUUUCAAUUGAUCUUGAAUUGGGAAAUCAAUAUUCACAAGCUAAGGGAUUUAGUUUCUUUGGUGUUUAUGAUGGGCAUGGAUUAGAAGGAAAGAAAGUUUCAGAAAUAUGUUCUGAAAAAUUGUCACGUUAUGUUGCUAAAAAUCUUUUACAGGAUUAUCGUGACCAAACUAAAGUCAAAAGUGCUAUCAAAAAAGGGUUUAAACAAACUGAACAAGAUCUGAAAUUAGAACUAUUUUCGACAAACGCGGGAUCUACAGCAGUGAUGGCAGUGAUGAUACUAUUAAAAGAUUUAAUCAUUGUUUACGUUGGAGAUUCUUCAGCUUUUAUAUCAAGUAAUAGACUUUUUGCUAAAAUUACAAAAGAACAUGAUUUGUAUAAUAAAUCUGAAAUUUUAUGGUUGAGAACUCAAAAAAAAAAUUGUGGAUAUUCGAUCAGAUUUGCACCUAAUAAAAGAGAAAAAUAUUGGGACUUAAACAAUAUAUCCGGUCGUGGGAUACAAUAUACUCGAUCUUUUGGUGAUUUUUAUAUUAAAGAUAAAGCUAAGAAUAGUUUAAUUGGCAA